GCUCUGCCCGGCCCCGACGCACUUCUCUUAUCCAAAGCCAGUAUUUGUCCGUCUGUGAAACACUACCAAAGCAACACUGUCGCGAAUCUUCUUCCAAGGAACACAGAGUGCAAAGGUUGAUGGCUCUUCUUCGUUUUCUACACUCUCCCUCGACGGCUCACUUUCCCUCCGAACAACACCUCUCCCCCACACCUUUAUCCAAUAUUCCUAGUACCUACAAUCUUUCUUUUUCUUGGUCUCUCCCCUCGCUCUCUCUCGCCUAUACACAUUCCCUUUCCGUUAAGAGUAAAAGAGUAAAGAGCUUCGUCUUGCACUUCUCUUCCACCGUGCAAGAACAAGCUCUCGAUUCUGUUUCCGCCCAAAGCAAAGAAUCCGAGCAAGCGGCCGAAGAGUUUUCCCGAAACAGAUUGAUUGCCCAGAACGUACCUUGGAAUUGCACCGUUGAAGACAUUCGCGCUCUUUUUGAGAAGCACGGGACCGUGCUAGAUGUGGAGCUUUCUAUGCAUAACAAGAUCAGAAAUAGAGGUUUGGCGUUUGUCGCUAUGGGUUCACCUGAGGAGGCUCGUACGGCUCUCAAUAAUCUCGAAUCGUAUGAGUUAGAGGGCCGCACUAUAAAGGUCAAUUAUGCCAGGGCACGAAAGAAGAAACCUUCCCCUUCCCCUCGUGUGCAACCAAAGCCAGUAACAUUCAACUUGUUUGUGGCUAAUUUGCCUUUUGAAGCAAGGUCUAAAGAUCUUAGAGAGUUCUUUAGUUCAGGGAGUGGUAAUGUUGUUUCUGCCGAAGUUAUAUUUCAUGAAAAUCCAAGAAAGUCUUCUGGGUAUGGAUUUGUGGCUUUCAAAUCCAAGAAAGAGGCUGAUGAAGCUCUUACUGCUUUCGAAGGGAAGAUGUUUAUGGGAAGACCACUUCGGGUGGCACGGAGUAAACAAUUUGUUAAACUACGAGCAGAGGAGAAUGUAGAGUCUGGAGACACAUCAAUUGAGUCAACCUCUAGUGCGGAGCAAGCAGAUGCUGCUGAUGAGAAUUGAAAGUGAAUUUUCAGGACAGUGAAUCUGUUUCAUUUCUUCAAUUUGUGAUUUAGUUGGUAAAGCUUCUUAACUUCA